UGUAUAAAUACUUCACACUUGUCGGUGUGGUGACUGCGCCUCUCCAAGUGUAUAACGGCCUCACCUCGCUCUGUCGGUUGUGUAACCGCGACUCUCCUCUUUCUGCUUCAGAGACGGCGUUGCUGCUGCCGGCGUCACUGGGCUGGAGCCGCGACGUGAACGCGACGCACGACAUCCGCCGCAACCUGAGGCUGCGCUACCCCAAGGACCCCGCCGACGAGAACGAGUACUGCGUUCCGUUUGAGGUGAUCAAGGCUUCCAAGGCGUGCCGGAAGGAGAAGGGAUUCGCCGCACUCAGAGAAGGGUCGCGGGUGUGCGUGCGCUGCGAGGCGCAGGCGAUCCGCAAGGCGCUGGGCUACCGCUGCCAGGGCCACGGCGUGGUGGACCGGGCGACGCGCUGGUCGGCGCUGUCCGCCACACACUGCCACGGCAAGUGGGUCCGGCUGGAGAGCGACCAGCCCGAGCCCGAGCCCGACGCGGAAGACGAGAUGCUCGGCGACUCUCCGGACGAGAACCAGGUGGUGGACGAGGAGGAGUCGGCGCCCAAGCCGCCGCGCCGCAAGGAGCAGAAGGACAAGGCCGUGUCGCUGGAGUGCCCGUCGUGCAAGAAGGGCGCGCUGUUCAUCUUCGUGUGAUCGGCAGGGCGGAGCGCUCAGGACUAGAGAAGGAAUUGACUCGGCGGAAGCCAUCAUCGUGAGUGCACUGUGUGCAAUAUCGUUUUCGUACAGUGUGUGGUUGUUUGCGGUCUCAUUCUAAAUGCGGACCCCUUUGUUGCUGUAAAUGAAUUUAAAUUUUAACAUUCGCGCGGACUCCUAGAGACGUUUUGGAAACUGCGUUGCCUCGAACAUGUGAAAACGAAAGGGAUAUUCGCUUGCCAUCUUUUCGGGAACGUUGUCUCUCGAUAAUGUGUUUCAUGUUCUCUUCUUAUUUUAACUGAUUGCUGGUGUACUUCCCCGAACAUUUUGGAACGUCCUCCCUUGGAGGAAAAUUUUUAUUGUUGUAAUUUGUAGAAUGUUUUUUUUUUAAAAGUCAAGUGGGAACAAUAACGCAGCAGAGCGGAAGAGCUCUACGGUGAGAAAGAUAUAAUAUAUUACGUAAUUUUAAGAAAAAUGUUAAGUUUAUGCACGUUAGGCCUAUGGAAAGUUGUACCUUGCCCUCUGUAAAUAGUCUGCUACCAGGCUCUGCCGAAAGUCACUGACCUGUGGUCUAUUUUUAAUGUCCACGUGUACUUUUCUGUUAAUUAUUUAUCCCUACUAUGGUUCUCCUGAACGAAUAUACUGCUUCUGAGUAGGGACAAUCAGCAUCGUAGCUGCAACGGCUUCCAACCGGUAGAAUAUUUAUACACAACCGAGAUUCCUGCAUCACCGUCAGGUCUCUUGGGCUUCCAUGUUUAAAAAAGAAAGCAAAAAAAAAUACUAAAAAAAAAUUAUUAGGUUGAGCAAGCCCGAUCUAUGGUUGUUUUGAAAAGUUUCCCGAAGGUGCUACAUCAAACCGGUGUCAAAGAUAAGAUGCUUUGUAUUCGCAGAAGCGUUUUGCAGCAUCAACUGCAAACUUAGAAUUUAUGUACUUGGGUGGGCAGUGCGUCGAUGAGCCACCCACUUGACUGAUGUAAAUGUAAUUAAAAUAAAAUCAGCCACCAUAUCAGGCAGCUUGUUCUAAACUUGCGACAAAAAACCUGUAGUGUUCUCAUGAACUUAAAAUUUGGUGUGAAUAUGCGACAUAUUUUCAUAUCAAGUGCAACUUGUAAAGCAAAAGCAUCGUUUUCUCCAAAUUUUCAAUUUUCGUGGGCUUAUAUCCGUAGUGAUAGUCUUCUCAUAGAGCUACGCAAUAAUGAUUAUUUCUAGAGAAUAUUUUAUAUCAGUUGACGUUACUCAUAGUUUUAAGGUGUAGUUAAAAUACCAAAAUCUUACUUUUGUAUUUAGUUAGUCUAUGCGUUUUGUUCGUCAACAUGCGGCGAAUAACUCGAAAAAAAAAAAAACUGUAUCUGGAUUUCGAUUCCUUUUUGGCGUGACGAAUAAAAUGUUAUUUUCUCGUA